AUGGAGAAAAUGAUGAAACAUCAAGAGUUGGCCAAUAAGAAUUAUGAAGCCUCACUGAGAAAUCUAGAAAGACAAAUUGGACCAUUGUCCAAACAGCCAACUGAAAGACCAACCAACACUUUCCCAAGUGAUACCAUUCCAAAUCCCAAAGAAGAAUGCAAAGCAAUUCAACACAGACGUGGAAGGACAUUGGAAAAUGACAAGGUUGACAGUAAAGUGACAGCUGAAGAGAAGGACCAGGAGAAGCUCAAGAAGAAGGAGGAAGAGCCACAAGCUCCAAGGAAGGCAAAUCAAGUCAUGGAAGAGCAUCCACAAGAACAGAGGAAGGAGGUGAAACCUUACAUUCCUCCGCUGCCAUACCCUCAAAGGUUGCAAAGAGAGCUCAAGGACCAACAAUUUCUCAAGUUUCUAGAAGUUUUUAAGAAGCUGGAAAUCAACCUUCCCCUAGCUGAAGCAUUGGAGCAGAUGCCUUUAUAUGAAAAAUUCCUCAAAGAACUCAUUAACAAGAAGAGAAGCUGGAAUGAAAAAGAGACGGUGAUCUUGACACAAGAGUGCAGUGCAGUAAUUCAAAAGGGUCUCCCACCAAAACUCAAAGAUCCUGGGAGCUUCAUUUUGCCUUGCACCAUUAGCAACAUGUCCAUUGAUAAGGCACUGUGUGAUCUAGGAUCAAGUAUCAAUCUGAUGCUUCUAUCCAUGACGAGAAGGCUGUCUAUAGAAGAAGUAAAGCCUACAUGGAUGUCCUUGCAACUUGCUGAAAGAUCAAUGGUAAUCCCCAAUGGAGUGGUUGAGAAUCUCUUAGUCAAGGUGGGUAACUUCAUAUUUCCAGCGAAUUUUCUGAUCCUGGAUCUAGAUGAAGAGGGAGGUGAUUCUAUCAUAUUAGGAAGGUCUUUCCUAGGCACAACAAGAGCCAUCAUUGAUGUGAAGAAAGGAGAAAUGACCUUGAGAACACAUAAUGAGCAGAUCAUUCUAAAUGUCUUUAAGGAGAUGCAGCAUCCUGUUGAGAAGAAAGGUUGCAUGAGAAUUGAGGAGGAAGACUUAAACUGGAAGGAAAAACCCAAGGAAGCACUCUUCAACUCACCCUUAGUGCAGAAGACUGACAUUGAAGAGAAACAAAAGGGUCAUGAGGAUAAGAAGGUUGAGAAGGAAUUACAAAAAGUGGUUACAAGAUUGAUCAUUAAGAAGAAAGCCCCUGACAUAAGGCCUGCUUUCAAGAGAGAAGGAGAUUAUUCAUCAAAACACAGAAAAAAGGCUCACAGUGAGAGGGGACAAGUUGAGGCACUAUAA